CACCCCGCCCCCUGGAUUCCUUCUUAUCACAUUUGUUUCUCUCUGAAAAAUGAUAAACCAAACCUUCCAUUCAAGAAAGGAACUUUCUGCGGAAAUCAAUACGCCAAACACUCAGAUUAGCACAAAGCCUGUUCUGUAAUCUCUUCAUUGUUCACUUGCUCUUCUCUUUUUUGUUUGCCUUUUUCUAUUCAUCCGUUUUCAAUUCUUGAAAAAGCAAAAAAAAGAACAAAGUUUUCCGUUCAUAGGAAGAUGAAAACGCUGCAAAUAUCUCGGUAAUAGAUACAUGUCAAUUCCGAAUUCACUGCCAAUCCAACGAAAUUCAAGAUGGUCGACAGGCCUCCCUAUGUUCAUCGCAGAUGGCCUAAUUAUUCUGCCCCGAAACUCAUCUUCUGGGCCUCCAUUUUCGCCGCCUUGAUCCUCUUCAUUAUUCUACAUUCACCGCCUCCUGAUUUCUCCUCCGACCGCCGCACCACCACCACAUGGGGCAGCCUGAAUUGGGAAAGGCGCGUCCAAACGUCGGCCCGAACACGUUCCCAUUCGCCUUCCCACAGCGCUGGCCCCGGCCAUCUCUCCGUCCUUGUUACCGGGGCUGCUGGAUUCGUUGGUAGCCAUGUCUCCAUGGCACUCAAGCGCCGCGGGGACGGAGUCGUCGGGCUUGACAAUUUCAACAACUACUAUGAUCCUUCAUUGAAGAGAGCCCGUCAGAAACUCCUGGAACGGGCCGGAGUCUUCGUCGUCGAGGGGGAUAUAAACGACACCGCUCUCCUAAACAAGCUUUUCGACAUUGUUGCCUUCACACAUGUGAUGCACUUAGCGGCUCAGGCCGGUGUCCGCUACGCCAUGAAGAAUCCUUCCUCUUAUGUUCACAGCAACAUUGCUGGCCUAGUGAGCCUUUUCGAGGUCUGCAAAUCUGCAAAUCCUCAGCCAGCAGUCGUUUGGGCUUCUUCCAGCUCGGUUUACGGGCUCAACACUAAGGUUCCCUUUGCAGAAAAAGAUCGAACUGAUCAACCAGCAAGCCUGUACGCUGCCACCAAGAAAGCUGGAGAAGAAAUUGCCCAUACAUACAACCACAUCUACGGCCUAUCCAUCACGGGCUUGAGGUUUUUCACUGUAUAUGGGCCGUGGGGGCGGCCUGACAUGGCCUAUUUCUUCUUCACAAAGGAUAUCCUGAAAGGAAAACCGAUUCCUAUAUUUGAAGCCCCUGAUGAUCAUGGCAGUGUGGCUAGGGACUUUACGUACAUCGAUGACAUUGUGAAGGGCUGCGUUGCUGCAAUAGAUACUGCAGAAAAGAGUACUGGGAGUGGAGGGAAGAAGACGGGAACAGCACAAUUACGGGUUUUCAAUCUUGGGAACACUUCUCCUGUCCCUGUUACAAAGCUUGUUAGUAUACUGGAGAACCUGUUGAAGAAAAAGGCGAAGAAAAACGUGCUGCCGAUGCCAAGAAAUGGCGACGUGCUGUUUACUCAUGCUAAUAUUAGUUAUGCAAAGAAGGAGCUGCAUUACAAGCCCGAGACGGAUCUGCAGACGGGGUUGAAGAAGUUCGUGGAUUGGUAUCUGGAUUACUAUGGAAGUGACAAGAAGAGUUCUUGAUGAUCUUUGCAGCGUAAUUCUUCUGAAAUCUUGGAGAAUUUAAUCCCCAGAGUCUCUCUUGAUGAGAGAAAGUUUUUGUGCAGUCAUGGAAAGUUUUGUAAAUGAUUACAUGGAGAAGAGAAAAGAAGAGAAGAGAAAUCCAAAGGGAUUUGUUUUUCUCCUCUCCCCUUUCCUUGGAACUUUUGUGGCAGUUUAAUUCACUGAAAAUGUGCCUGUUUUUGCAUCAGACUGACUGUUUUUAUGCUAAUUGUGAUUUCAAGUUUUAUGCAUUA